AUGUCUGAGUCCGCUCAAACGACAUCCUCACAUGGGCUUGUGAGCUCGACUCUCCUUGAAAAAAUCGACAAGCUCUUUGCCUGUAACGCUGGAGAUUACGUUGACCUGCCUCAACUUGUCGUAGUAGGGGAUCAAUCAAGCGGCAAGAGUUCGGUCCUUGAGGGCAUCACCGGAUUGCCGUUCCCUCGCGAUAUCGGAUUAUGUACUCGUUUCGCAACACACAUUACCUUUCGUCGAUCAACCGAGACGAAGAUAACGGUAUCCAUCAUUCCAGCCAAAGAUAGUGCCCCAGAUAGACAAGAGAGGCUGCGGGCAUGGAGUACACACUCCCUUCAGUCGCUUGAUGCAGCUUCGUUUCGCGAUAUUAUGGAGCAGGUAACAAUCGCCAUGGGCAUCGGAGCUGAGACAGAAUCUGUCCGCCGUACGUUUUCCGAAGAUGUUCUGCGUCUAGAAGUAUCAGGCCCAACCCAGGAGCACUUCAGCGUAAUUGACGUGCCUGGCAUCUUCAAACGAACAACACAAGGCAUGACUACUAAGGAAGACAUUGCUCUGGUCGACCAGAUGGUGCACGGCUAUAUGUCAAAUCCGAGAUCAGUGAUGCUGAUAGUCGUUCCCUGUAAUGUCGACAUUGCCACGCAGGAGAUCCUUGAACGAGCCGAGGACCUUGAUCCAGAUGGUAUUCGUACGUUGGGUGUCCUAACGAAGCCUGAUCUGAUCGACCAAGGUGGUGAAGGAGCUGUCGUAGACUUGUUAGAGGGCCGAAAGCACCACUUGUUGCUGGGGUGGCAUCUGCUCCGCAACCCCGGACAGUCGGACCUCAAUUCAUCACGAUGUCGACAUACUAUAGAGAAAGAGUUUUUCAGCAAAGUGGCACCCUGGAACCAUCUGGAUAAAGGGAAAGUGGGAGUCCGAACCCUCCGUAUCCGGCUCCAAGCGAUCCUCGAGGAUCAUAUUCGCCGAGAAUUCCCCAAGGUCCGAUCUGAGAUUUCACAAAAAUUGAAGAAGGCAGAAAGGACUUUACGCGAGCUGGGUCCAAAACGCCAGACACAAGGGGAACAAUUCCAGUAUGUAGUUGGUAUCGCCAUAAGAUUUCAAAGCCUCGUUUCAAGUGCGCUACAAUCAGGAUCCGGCCGGGCAGAAAUAUUUGAAGAGAACAUACUACUCCGACUUGCCACUCAGGCGAUCAAUCGAGGUGAAGUCUUUGCGAAAGCAAUAGCUACCCAUGGGCAUGCACUCCGCUUCCAGUCAGAGAUUGCAUCACUUACGGACCGACUCUCAACCCUUGGAAUGGAUAGCGCAUAUUCACCUCUCGACGUACGGACGGUGAAGGAUCAUCCUGACAUUGAGGAUCUAAUCCACGUAAAUACCUCGGUACCGCCCCCUUCUGAUGAUGAUAUACUCGAAUGGAUCGACAAAUUGUACCGUGACUCCAGAGGAUUCGAGUUAGGGACAUUCGACGCAAAUAUUUUGGGCGUGACGUUGAAGGAGCAAGCAGCCAAUUGGCGUGAUCUUGCGCUUGGGUACGUCAGCGAUGUAAUUGCCCUAGUGCAUGGGUUUGUCGUUGAUGUGAUACAACGAAUCGCCCCAAGUCGUCGGGUAUCAGAGGGGAUUAAGUCUCUACUGUUAGAUGAUCUCACGGAAAUGUAUCGGCGGGCCGUCAACCAUACCGAAUUACUCCUGGAAAUUGAACUUGAUGGAACGCCAGCUACGUACAACCAUUACUUCAACGACAAUCUUCAGAAGCGCAACAGGCGCCAUGAACGUCUCCGCGCUGGCCUAGAGCCGAAAAGUAUUACGGACUGCAAGCAUGGAACAGUGGUGCGCCUGGAUGAUAUAGUUCAGAGUCAUCCUCUGAGCAACGCAAGGCACACAACUCUUGAUAUACAUGAUAUCAUGUGCGCUUACUACAAGGUUGCUAGGAAGCGAUUUGUUGAUGCCGUCCGCAUGCAGGUUGCCGACCACAUGCUUGUAGCUGGUAAGAAGACGCCGUUGGCGUUGUUCUCUGCUACCUUCGUUGCGAGCAUGGACCAUGGUGUUUUGGAAGACAUUGCUGGAGAGGAAAUGCAGACAAAGAGUGAACGAAUAAGGCUUGAAAAGGAGAUCAGCUUGCUAGGAGAAGCGAAGAAGAUUAUUGGAUGAACGAACACGAAUGAAAAAUGGAAUGGAAUUAAUGUUCUAUGUAUUUACGGUUGUUCUUCAAGUUAGUGCUGCG